AUGUUUCUUCAUCAGUUCGGUAUUAUUGAGUCAGUAACCAUAUGUUCGUCACUAUUCCAGGGCGUCAUCCAUCUGGGAUUCACAGACAUGAAGGUUCUUGCUUUUGUCGCUGUGUUGGUGGGCGUGGCCGCCGCCCUUCCCGGCCUCCGUCUGCGUCGCGACUCGUCUCCUCUGCGCUUCGAGCUGCCCUCCAACGCCUCGCUGGUUCUGGGUAGAAUCAACACCGGAUUCGACUGCGCCGAGCUCCCCUACGGAUACUACGCCGACACCAGCAACGACUGCGCUCUGUUCCACGUGUGUCUGCCCUACAUCGACAACGACCUCUACAUCACCCGCCACUUCUCCUUCAUGUGCGGCGAGGGCACCAUGUUCGACCAGGAACGUCUCGUGUGCGCCUUCCCCGAGGAGGCCCUUCCCUGCUCCGAGGCCGCCGCCUUCAGGAGGUCCAACGAAUACUUCGGCCGCGCCGACGUCAACUUCCUGGAGAAGUAGAGCCUCGGAUGAGGACACAGGGUCGAUCCUCGACGUUUCAUCCCAAACACCGCAUAUCAUUAUCAAUGAGCAUUUAAUCUAUUUUUGUAUGAAACCGAAAAUUUCCUAAUGUAUUAAAUAUCUCUUUCCCAGU